AUGACUCCCGACCACAACUUCGAGGACGCCUAUGCAGCACCUCUUGCAGAACUUCUACGGCCACGCACACUCGAUGAAUUCGUAGGACAAACACAUCUCGUAGACUUGCACCACGGCCAAAUCUCGGGCUUCAUUCAACUAGGAUAUCUCCCCUCAAUGGUUCUAGCGGGACCGCCGGGAGUAGGAAAGACGACGCUUGCAAGCAUCUUGGCGGCCAGCGCCAACUACAUUUUCAUUGAGCUCUCGGCGACCGAUUCCACCGUGUCGGAGUUGAAAGAGCUACUGAAGAGCAUUAGAGAAGAAAACGCGAAGCGUCUGCGACACUUGGGAUAUGAUAAAGAUGGCCGAUUGCGUGUCGCGGUAUUUAUCGAUGAGAUACAUAGAUUUCUGAAGAUCCAGCAGGACUUCCUUCUUCCGUUCAUUGAGAGCGGGGACUUUGUCUUCAUUGGAGCGACCACUGUAGAACCGCACAAGCGGAUCCGUAGAGCGAUAUUAUCGCGGUGCCAGUUGUUUUGUCUCACGGCUUUGGGUGAGCAGGACUCGCUCCAGAUCUUGCGCAGGGCCAUUUUGAACGAGAACAUUCGCCGGAAACGGAGCAGGGCGCUCUGCUUUUUGGACUAUUCGGAUAUAUCUGUGAUGGACAUUGCCAGGUAUGCAAAUGGCGACAUGAGAAGCGGCAUCAACUGUGUUGAAUUGCUUAGCUCGAAGUUCACUGGCUCUGAGUAUAGGAUCGAGGUUGUGGGACAGUUCUCUAGGCUCAGUGAGGAUAUUGUGCGGAACACAAUCGAGACACUCUACAAAAGUAGGUUGGGUAUCAAGGACGUAUCGAAUCUUGGCUUGGUAGAGCUGCUCCUACUGUGUAUUAGUGGAGAGCUGUUGGAUGUUUCCUCCGAAGGUGUUGAAUUGACUUCAAAAUCUGAGCCUGGUGCUACUAUCGCUGAUUCAGAGAAGCAGCUUCCUGUGAAAAUCAAGCUUUCUCCCUUCGUUUUGUCUCUCUUUGAGGUAGAGAGGUCCGAGCCAAUUCCUGUGGCUAUUGAGAGUGACUUCAAGCUUCCAGAUAGAGAACGUCACUGGGUUGAGGCUAUGAACUGUUCAGAUGAUAGUGAUGAGGAAAUUGGAGCAAUCCCAAGAACUUCAGACUCCUCUUCGUUGCAAUCGGUUGAUUUCGAAUCGUCUUACAAUGACUAUCGGUUGUUUUCCGCCAUUUACGCCAUGUCUCGCCUCCUCGAGAAUGGCGAGUCUGUUCUUCUCAUUCUAAAAUACUUGAUUUUAUUCACCUGCUUGUUUUCGGAAGGCAACGGAGGCGAAUUGCAGAGUGUUGUUGGCUCCAUGAAAGCUGUAGGCAAAGCAGCGGUGAAUCCUUCCCGAGUCCUCAGUGAUUGCAUUGAAUUUCUAUGUUUCAUGCCAAAAUCAAGAGAAGAACUGCUUGUUAAGCGCAUCGAACGAAUAAAAAAGUCUCUAGCCUCGAAUGCGGCAUCGGACAUUUCGAAAGAGGGAGUCCACGACCCGCUUCUGUUUGAAAUUGUCUAUGACAGAGACUUAGAAUCGCAGUUACUUGCACCAGUUACCAGUUCUCAGUCAGCGGGUCCUUUCACUGCUCAAAAUGAGUUUAAGGUUGAAUUGAUGAGUUCCAUGAGUCUGAACGACCUAAGAGAAUUUGAAUUCGGUUUGGACUCAUCAUUUUUGACAGCUUCAUGA